CAAUCCUUCGUCACCCCAAGCACAUGCCACGAAGGAUUCCCCGCUUCCGAUGGCCGUUGCACUCCCUGCAUCCUCCUCCUCCUUUCCUCGAGCGCACCCGACGGCCGCCGCUCUCCCUCCUGGCCGACCGCUGCGCUUCCAUGCGUCAGCUCAAACAGGUGCAUGCCCAAAUGAUCGUCUCCGCCCGCAUUGCCGACAACUACGCCGCAAGCCGCCUCCUUUCCUUCGCUGCCCUCUCCCCGUCCGGCGACCUUCCCCACGCCCUCCGCCUCUUCCGCGCCACCCCCCUCCCCAACUCCUUCAUGUGGAACACCCUCAUCCGCGCCCUCGCCGCUUCCCCCUCUCCCGCCACUGCCGUCGCCCUCUUCUCUGAGAUGCUGCAGGUUGGCACCCCUUCCGGCAAGCACACCUUUCCUUUCCUCCUCAAGGCCUGCGCUUGUCUCCCCUCCCCCUCCAUCGCGCGGCAGGUCCACGCUCAUGUCCUCAAGCGCGGGUUCCAUGUGGACCCCUAUGUCGUCAAUGGCUUGGUCCGCUGUUACGGUGUUCAUGGUCAUCUCGGGGAUGCCCGGAGGCUGUUCGAUGGAUUGCGCGAAAAGAAUCUAAUCGUCUGGACCACGAUGAUAAGCUCUUAUGCGCAGAAUUUUUGCUCCAAUGAAGCUCUCUUACUUUUUGACCGGAUGAUCGGAGCGGGUGUCGAACCAUGCAAUGCCACUCUGGCUUCCGUGCUGUCGGCUUGUGCUAGAUCUGGUGGGUUGGACUUGGGGCAGCAGAUUCAUUCGUUUAUAAGGGAGAAGGGAAUAGAAGUGGGAGUCAUUCUCGGCACUGCUUUAGUGGAUAUGUAUGCUAAGAAUGGUGCGAUCACAGCCGCACUUGAGCUGUUCAGGCAAAUGCCAGAGAAGAACACAGUGACAUGGAACGCUGUGAUCUGUGGUUUGGCUCAUCAUGGCCUUGCCAAUGCAGCUCUUGAUCUGUUCCACCAGUUGGAGAGGGAGCAGGUCCAACCAAACGAUGUAACUUUUGUAGGUGUCCUGUCAGCUUGUUGCCAUGCUGGCUUUCUCAAACUAGGGCGCCAGAUUUUUGAUUCCAUGGAAAAGACCUACAAGAUUGAGCCAAAGGUGGAGCACUAUGGGUGCAUGGUUGAUCUUCUUGGCCGGUGCGGGAAUCUAUUAGAGGCUGAGCGUUUAAUUAAAGGAAUGAAAUGCGGGGCUGAUGUGGUCGUUCUAGGAGCUUUGCUGACCGCCUGCAAGAACCAUGGGAACAUCGACAUUGCAGAGAGGGUGGUCAAUGAAAUGCUUAGAUUGGAUCCUGGAAACCAUGGUGUUUAUGUUGUUCUGUCCAAUGUGUAUGCAGAGGUGGGAAGAUGGAAAGAUGUUACGAGGUUGAGGAAAGUGAUGAGGGUUGGAGGUUUGAAAAAGAUUCCUGGAUGGAGCUGUGUAGAGGGUGAUGUUAGCUAAGUAAUUUUUGUACCCAUCUGGUGUUAUUGCCCAAGUUGCAACUACAUGUGGAAGUGGUCUCAUGUUUGACACAAGUAAGCCGGUUACAUAUAUC